AUGGAGAUUAAGUAUUUAUUGUGUCUGUAUCUCAGUUUUUUAAUUGUUCUUGACCAAUGUCACGGGCACAGAAUUUUGGGAAUCUUUCCCAUGAACGGAAAGAGCCAUAUGGUGAUGUUCGAACAAGUAAUGAAGGGGUUGGCUCGUCGUGGUCAUCAGGUUGAUGUUGUCAGCACUUUUCCGCUAGAGAAACUUUUUCCUAAUUAUAAAGACUUGGCUAUAAAAGCUGCACUGCCAAAGUUUGUCAAUAACAUGACCUAUGACUUCUUUCAAGAUGUAACACAGAAGACUAACAUCGUUCAGUUUUUGGCUGAAAAUGCGGGAAAUAUUAUUUGUGAAAAGGGAUUUGAAACUGAUGUUCUCCGGAAUAUUAUUUAUAAGCCGCAGAAGCCGGCUUAUGAUCUUGUGAUUACUGAGGACACGAAACUGAUAUCACUUGCAAUUACGUUUAUAUUUAUAUCAAGUAUAAGCACGAGUUACGGGCGUCCAUACCGGGUCUUGGGGAUAUUUCCCUUGAACAGUAGAAGUCACUUUGUGUUUUUCGAACAACUGUCCAAGGGACUGGCUCGUCGAGGGCACAAAGUUGAUGUCAUCAGUACUUUUCCCCAGAAAAUAGCUUGUCCCAACUACACUGACAUUGAGAUACCCGCAGCGAUACCCAAGCUGGUUAACAGUUUGACUUACGAAUUCGCUCAGGAAAAUUUAAAUGUCAACAGUGACCAGGUUCAUUUCUUCGCUCAGAUUCCUGGGAAUGUGGUUUGUGAAAAGGGAUUUCAAAAUCAGGCUGUGCUUGACUUGAUUGAAAAGCCGUCGGGAGAUAAAGCCAACGGCUCCCGUAUUUUGGGAAUAUUUCCCAUGUAUGGUAAAAGUCACAUGAUGUUCUUCGAGAGCCUGUUCAAAGGACUAGCUCGUCAAGGUCAUCAAGUUGACAUUGUCAGCAAUUUUCCUCUUCAUAAGCCGUAUCCAAAUUACACUGAUUUAGAGAUACCUCCGUUGUCACCAAAUUUGGUCAAUGGAAUGACUCUUGAUUUUAUGGAAAAAUCGUUUCAAGAGAUUAACAUGGUUUACUACAUGGCUGGAGAUCUGGGAAAUAAAAUUUGUCAAAAAGGAUUUGAAACUCCAGUGUUGCAAAAUUUAAUUAAGACUCAGCAUAGUCCGGCGUAUGAUCUUGUGAUUGUGGAGAAUUAUGAAUCUGAAACCGCUAAUUUUGUUAAUUUCGACCUUAACCGUGUGUGA